GGGCUCAAGAUGCCACCUCACGAGCCCCUCAGGCCGUCCGUCCGCCCGCCCCCCGACGGGCCCGGCCAAUGGGAGCGGCCGGCGGGGCCCGCUGAGCCAAUCAGCGCGCCCGCCCCCUGCGGCCCGGGCCAAUGGGCGCGGCUCUGAGGCGCGGGAAAGGGCGGGAGGGGGAGCCCGGGCGGCCGCGCCUCAUUUACCUCAGGAGCGAGGGCCGCCAUAGCGGCGGCCUGGUCGUGGUCAGCGGUGCAGGACGUCGACAGACGGACAGGCAGACGGACGCCAUCCCCGCCGCCGCCGCCGCCAUGGGGGCCCGAGGCUUGUCCCGCCUGCUGGAGUGCCUGCUGGGCCUCUACUUCCUCACCCACAUCCCCGUCACCCUGCUCUUCGACCUGCAGGCCCUGAUGCCCAGCGGCACCUACCCGCCUGAGUUGACAGACCUGAUGAAGUGGUACACAGAGACCUUUAAGGACCCCCUGAUGUUGGACCCCCCGUCCUGGUUCAAGUCGCUGUUGUGGUGCGAGGUUUUUUUUCAACUUCCUCUGUUCCCCAUCGCAGCGUACGCCUUCUUCAAAGGAAGCCGCAGGUGGAUCCGGAUCCCUGCCAUUAUCUACUCAGUCCACGUGAUCUCGGUUUUGAUUCCAAUCGGCACGCACAUCCUGUUCCAGAAUUUCCCCAAAAGCUCACGCAGAGGGCCUCAGACCCUCCAGGAACGGCUCACCCUUUUAUCUUUCUAUGCCCCGUACUUCUUCAUCCCGCUCCUGCUCCUGGUCUUCAUGCUGCGGAGCCCCCAUUACAAACCUGAGGAGAAGAGGAAAAGAAAAUAGGGUCCGCCCGUGGCCGUUUCCAAGGGAGAAGACACGCACAGGCCAGUCUCCAUCUCACCCCACACACUGAGGACUGGGUUCGGGCUCGGCCUCUUGGGGCCCCGACACAGCGAUGGCAACGACGCACCAGAGCGAGAGGGCCGGCACGGAAGCCGACUGGAACCCUUAACUUCCCAAGAAAAAUGAACCGAGCCGUUACCCAGCUGGGAGGAGGACGAGGGAGAGAUGAGGGCCAGAAGAUUCACCGUUUCAGGGCUCUGGGCACCGAGUCUACCCCCGCCAGCCCCGGACAGCACACCAACUCCCGCAGCCCGGCGUGUCCACCGUUCGUCUGCCCGGCUCACCUGGGAGCGGGUCUCUCCGGACCCGACGACUGCCGCCUCGUACCCUGCAAGCUGACCCUGGGAUGCCCUGGGACGAAGCCAGGUUUCGGCGAAGCCACUGCAGUCUGGACUGAUCCAGGGCCACCUCCUGACCUCCUUCCCCACUUCCACAUUCCAAAUAAUUUGUCUCUCCUUCCAACCUAAGAACAGGAGGGCCAAGAAACCAUGUACUUGUCCCAGCGGUGGGGACGUCAGCCAAGGCAAAGAUUCCCAGUUCGUCGCUCAACACGCUUGAGUUCUCAGCAACUUUGGGAAAGUGUUUUUUUUUCUUUUACUUUUUUACAAAGCAGGCACAGGGGUAAGCAGAGGCACUGUGACCUGGAAAGGGAUGUGGGGGGUUUUGUAGGGGCUGGGGGGAGGAGGAGAAAGGGGGAAUAGAUGAAUCAGGUAGAGGUAGAAUCAAGAAAGAAUCCACUUGAAGGCAACAAUUACUUGCGGGCAAACUGCCUGAGGGUGUCCCCAUUAGCGGUGAGCACCUGAAACACGCAGGAAGAGGGGUGGCUGGCCGGCAGUUGAUGGCCGUUUAAUGCCCACUCACCCUCCCUUGCGGUGGUCUUCCGCUCAGAAAGAGAGUAUAACCCCUGUUGUUGUUCACAGUGUGUGCCAAGGAGCUGCAUUGAGUCUUAGCUCUAAGAUAUCACAUUCAUGAUGAAAAGCGAAGGAUACAUUCCAACCCCGGGGGCUUGACUACCAAUAAGUCCUUCUCAAUGGUUUGCAAUUUUUUUUUUUUUGAGAUCCAUUUGAAUCAUGCUCUUGAAUUGACCCACUAGUGGGCCAGAAACUGAAGUCUGGUUUGUGUUUGCCUGUUCCUUUUCAAAGAAGCCCUAGGCCUUGAGGAGCUCCUCGGAUCCCUGUCUACCCGCACUGCCCACUCCGUGUCAAGAAAUUCUUGCCCUCUAUCCCAAAUCCCUCCUGGGAUUCAAGUUCCCUCCGUUUCGUGCUGUUUGUCCCUUGUAGAACCGGAGCGCACAGCCGUAGUGUUCCCCUCCCGCUCUCGUGAACGGUUAGCCGGCGACUGUCGGCGGCUUCGGAUAGCUCGGGUGUUGACCCCCGUCUUAAAGUGUGUAAAUGAGGCGCUGUUUGUGGUCCCAGGCUGUUUCUUCCCAGCCUGCUUUCUCUCCUUGUGGGGCAGGGUCGUAACUUACUGUAGGGCUAAGGAUGGAUUUGGAUUCAUUGUGUGAUUCUUCCAUAACCGAUACAAAUAAAGGUAUCUGCUGGCCCUUCA